AUGCAAAAACAACCUCUAAAACUGAUAUAAACUCCAUCCACUUAUGUAACUAAAACACCUGAAAAAGCGAUUAACACAUCACCUUUCAAAGGAUACAGUCAUAGCGACAAACAGUAGAUGACCCCAAUUAAAUACAAUGUGGGAUACCCUUAGGUCCAGCAAACCAUAAACCAAAAUCUAUAGCCUCAAUUUCCAUAUUAUGAGAAUACUUCACCAUUUCGUUAAGAAUCAAGGGAACAACUGUUUUAAAGGAUUUAUAAUUUGGAGGAUAAUCUAAGAGCGAUCACUAAGAGAUAUGAUUAAUUGAAGGAGGAAUAAGAGAAGCAGAGGACGAAGAAAUGCGAUACUGAUCGAAAUUGUACUCAAUUAUAAUAAAAGUGUUUAGAUUAGGAAAAUGAAUUGAAGAAACACAUAUAGUCGGCUAAGUAAAAUGAAACGAAAUACAAAUAGAUCUCGAGUUAACUUUAAGAGUUUAAGGAAAAGUUGAAUGAGAAAGACAAUGAGAUUUUAGAGUAGAAAACAGUGUAGGAGAAGUUCUAAAAGAUAUUAAAAUAGAAAGAGAAGGAGAUCAACGAAUUGAAAUUGAUGUUGAAGUAAGAAAAGGAUCUUAGGUCAUUUGAAAGCGAUAAGCUUAUUUAAGAGUUCACUUAAACUUACAAUGAGUUGAGUCAGUAGAAUGAUUAAUUAAUUCAGGAGAACGAUGAAUUGAAGACAACAAUCUUAGAGUUCGAUAAUUAAGGUCGAUCAUUGUCUUCUAAGAAGCAAUCAGAACAGAAUUUUUAAACGAAUACAGAUUUCUUGGAUGACCCAGAGUUAAGACAAUUUGUACACGAAUACUUAACCAAAAAUGAUGAAUAUUAUUUAAAUCAGAUACCUGAGAAAUAGCUUAGGACUGCUGUGUAAAUUAUUAAGGAUAUAUUUUAAACAGUUACUGCUAGAAAAUUGAAGGAAAUCAAAUCAUAAUAAUUUUAACAGCCUAAAUAAAUCAAUGAAGAAAUUGAAAUCAACUUAUAGGAGGUAAAAAAGAAGAGAGAGUUUCUAAUCAAGGAGAUCAAGCACAAGAUGGAGAGGGUUGUCAAAUCAAAGGAAUUCAAUUUGAUGGAAUUCAAUGAUUUACAGAGAGAGAUCGAGGAGCUAAAGAAAGAAUUAGGUUCAGUGGAGAAUUUGAUUUAACAAAUGGAGUAAUCAUUAUUGAUGAAUCCACAUAGAAAUAGUUGUGUCUCUUUUGAUAAUGAAGAGUUUUAAUGAUCAUGUACUUUUUUGAAUAAUUCUAUCUAUUUUUAAUUAUUUUGAUAUUUAUAUGUUU